AUGUCAGAACAACUCGAAGACAACAUUGUUGGUCUCAAAUGGAACGACAGUAUAUCUGUGGCACUCUUCACAGUGAUGUUCUACGAGUACCUUAUUCUUUUUGACAAGGAGGUAACAAAGAACUUUCUUGCUGUCGGUUGGGUACUUAUGUCAUGGUUAUUAUCGGCGCAGCUUCAGUAUGUCUGGAACAGACCGUGGUCACCAAUGUCAUGCCUGUACCUUGUUGUUCGAUAUCUUGGUCUUUCCCUUUCAAUAGCUUGGGGCUGCUGGGGAGGAUUGUUUUAUAUGGCUGAAUCAGUGACCGUACGUCACAAUACGUCUGUUUCACAGCCAGGUCCCAACGUUAUUAACCUCUUUCAUUCAGCUGCAAGCUAUAACAUUCUUGUUGUACUGGAAUGGGGUGCGUCUGUGUAUUUUUGCUUUGCGGAAGCCAUUCUCAUUUGGCGUCUUUACGCACUAUGCAAGCAACCGAAACUCCUACUUUAUGUUUAUGUUGCAGUAGGAUUGUUCUUGCCUAUCGUCGCCCUUUUGAUAGGCACAGACAUCUAUCUGUAUAGUCGACCUCACGCGUUCUCAGUCAAAGAAUUGAUUACUCCGAACGCCAAGUACUGCACCUUUUCCUUCAACAUUGGACCUAUGUCUGCGAUUUAUAUGUCCAUCCCCAUUGUGUGCUAUGAUGUCUUCCUAGUUGCUCUCGCAGCUGCCACUCUCGCAAGACACUUCAAGGAACGAAGGGAAUACAACAUGAGGCCUAAUACCUAUAUGGUAAUGAUUGUCCGAUAUCAUAUCAUGUACUUUGUCCUCAAUUUGACAAACCAAAUCUUAAUGGUGAUAUUAUGGGCUCACAUUUCAGUCGAGGGGAUGAGUCUCUCAGAGCUUUUCAGUAAUACGAUGCCAUUUAUUCUCGCUCCCCGUCUUAUCAUCAGCAUUUGGGACACCCAUGCCCAGGACGACUGCUUGCAUGUCAGUACAACGUUCGAGGAUUGCCUAUGUUUGACUUCGAUGCCGAGGUUCCAGCAGCACGAGAUGAUCGCUGACAUCCCAUUAACCCGGCAUACUGGGGUGUCUUGCGAGAGUGUAGACCACGAGGAAUGUUGAAAAUAUAGGUGCGUGAAAUGAAACUUAAACGCUGUAAGAAUGUAACAUCAAGUACUUAUGGGUAGUCGAACCAGCAGGGGUGACCCCAUUUGCUGCUGCGGGUUCAACGGUGGAGGUUCGGGCUUUCGGCCGGUAUCGUCAGAUGCCUUCCGUGUCUAUUUAAGCGAAGUUGCUGCAUGAGUUGAUCUUGUGUGGUCGGUCUGUACAUUAUGAACGUGAUCCAUCUGCGUCCAUCCUUUCUUUAUUAUCUUGUCUAGUGGUUUAUACGUACGUGUCUCUCAUUGGUCCCCUCACAUUUUCUCUCUUCGGGCUUCACCCUUGUAUUUACCUAACCCCAAUAUCAUUCUAUGUUCCAUCCACCUUCCAA